AUGUCCUUUUCAGAUGCUUCGGAUGUGCCAGAUACUUCGUUUGACGCGGGAGAAUUCGAGAGAAAUACGGAAAGAUUACAGGCAAUCGAAGACCUCGAACGCAAGGUGUUUUCCUCGGGAAAAACUGUUUCAGUUAAGGACUUUUUAAAGAAAAACAACCACUCCAUACUGGCCCAUGGCAAUGCUCAACAAACAAAUUUGGCCAAGCUGACCGAGCAGCUCCAAGAUCUAGACCUGCUCUUUCCGGCAACAAAAUCAGUGAAAGCACGCGAUAUUUUUGACUCAUUUGCCCCCCGUCGUAUAAAGAAGGCAAAUGGCCAUUGGACCUUGAAAGUCCGUCUAAAAAUUACGCCUGAAAAAUUAGCAGCGAUCAAGAGCUUUGAAAACCCGCUCAGAACGAAAGGCAACUCAGGUCCUGGAGAUUCAAUACUCUCAGCACUAAUGAAGAGGAAACCUGCUACCAAAGUCACGCUUCGAUUACCUAAGCCUUUUUUGGAGAAAAUCUCAAAAUCGAUGAACCCUUUUUACACGAGAAGUUCCGGUAGUCAUGACGGUAAGAGUGCCAAUGGCGUGUUUGCAAUGAUGAUGAAAUACGCCUCUGAAAACUCGCCCAAAUUGACCGCAAUACAAAGACUCAAGGGACUACAUCCUCUGCCAAUUCCUAGAUAUGCUAUGCAUGUGGUACACGAUAUAGGCAAAUCAAGGAUACCGCCCGUCACCGGCAUAUCACUAAGCAAAGUUAAGCAACCAAAUAUCGAUUUAUCUGGGGGAAGUAUGUCCGAAUUUGUGCCAGAUCUCCCCACUACAUCGAAAUCCACACAUACUAUCCCACGGCUACGAUAUGAGAUUCUCAAAUCACUUGAUUCGGAGACACUCAUCAAAAGGAAUGCCCCAUUGGCUUUCGCGAGCCCACCCCACAUCAACAUUCUUUCUGAAUUUAUACAAAACGAUUCAUCGCCAUCAAGCCAUUUGAACUGGCCGCAGAAAUUCCAGCCUAGCCAGAUUGAAUCCUUACUAAUGGACCAAGAGUCGCGCCUGUUUCUCGACAGAUGGAUGUUCAACGCUUUCGAGGUAUUGGAGACUCAAUCAACGAAGGUGCCUCGAAAUGUGAAGAUGAAAGAACAACAGAAGAAACAGCGGAAGCGAGAAGUCUUGAUGCUGAGCUUCAUUGUCAACGACUUCGAGGAGGACGAUGAAAGCACGGAUGAAGAUAUAUUUGUGCCCAUUCUUGUGGUUCAAGGAGACUCUGGUUCGUGUAAGUCUGCAUCCAUUUAUGCUGCAAUGUCCGCAAUGGAUGGCUAUGUACAUGAAAUUAACACGGGUCAGGCAAGGUCUAGAAAAGACAUACAUUCGUCUCUUCGAGAAUUUUGCACAUCGCAGAUCAUUCACCAAAAGCAUGACGAAAAGAAAUUUCAAAAAGGACUAGUCUUGUUUGAAGACUGUGAUAUUCUUUUUGAGCAGGACAAGACCUUCUGGACUACGGUCCAAGAGGUAAUUAAUUAUUCCAGGCGGCCUAUAGUUGUCACGGUGAAAGAUGUCAGUGUGAUACCAAGAAACAUUCUUGAGCUCGCAGAGGAGCAGAGCGCAGUUCUCAAAUUGAAAACCAAGUCAAUCAACGAGAUUAAGCAGUAUUUGUGGCUUUGUGCGUUCAGCGAGAAGGUAUGUUUGGCACCCGAGGUGCUUGAUGGCAUCAUUCGUGAUUGUGAAACAAAGUCAGGCACAGAUUUGCGGAAAGCUUUGAUGCGCUGUCAAUGGUUAUGCCGUGUUCGACCACCCGCUUCGGGAAUUUCCGAAAUUCUGUACAUUCCACAACCCUCGAAACAAGCAAUUACCACCGACAUAAGUUCCGUGGCUGACAAGUUAGAUGCUGUGUCUGUUUCAGACAUUAUCGAGGCCAACACGCACUCCUCAAUUCUACAUGAUGUUCAAAUCAACGAGCUUCUUGAUAUUUACGUCAUUGACGACUCUCAUCAUUUGAAACAACGAACUCUACCUUACGAGCUUAAUACGGGUAAUUUAAUCAAGGAGCUAUUCGAGCAGGAGGAGGAACCAGCACACAACUACAGAAUGAACUUCAACGAUAUAAGGGGCACAGUGCUCAACUUCAUAUCUUCAAGGGCCAAGAAACUCCCUAAAUUUAUCCAAGAACUCUAUAGCACGCGUGUUCAAACAAGAAGCCGGUCAUCAGAUGAUAUUCCGGACGAUCAGCCCGAGACACAGGGCUUACCGGAUACCUCAGUAUGCUUCAGCAUGAGUCCCCAGGCAUUCAUUAAAGAUUUGGCUCCCAUGGCCCGAUAUUGGGCCUCGUUCCAACAAGGCAUUAUUGAGUUGGACAAAUCGAACAUGUGCACCUCUCACACGAGGGGCUUGUUAGACUUUCUUGGUUGGCGCAAAUUCCACGAUGGCGUCGAAGAAGUAUUGGCCACCGGACCCUUUAGUAGCAAAGUCUAA